AUUAAUGUGUAAAGUUGAUCAUCCAAAAAAGAUAACGUAAGAUACAAUCCUUAAAACUAUCACUCUUAUUAAGUGGCUUUAAAAGGUUCACAAUUCAACCACACAACCUAAGAUUUAAUUAUUUUGGUAGCCCUCUCUCAUCAUCUUGCAUUGCUUCUAAGGUUUUUAAAUGUGAUACACGCAUUUAAAAUCUUUUACUACUACAUAUAUUUCAAAAUGCAUGGAAGCAACUUCUAAACAAAUAAUAUAUACCCAUCCAAUUCAAUUUAAUUUCUUUGAAGAGUUUAAAGAUAUGGGUGCAGGAGACAAAUCUUGUAAAACCAUCAAAGGGAAAAACGUGAUGAGAGAGUCACGAAGCAGCCUCAAUGUCAAUGAAGAGUACCAAGGGGCAUUAAGGACAAAAUCAUAUGGUGAUUUCUUCAUGAAAGCUCAUGACCUACUUGUAAAUAAUAAUAACAAUAAUCACCCAUUAUCUCCCAAUUCUCAAUAUACAUUAUUCUCAGAUAUCCUUCUUGAACCAGGGCAAGAAACCAUAACAAACAUUCUUGAAUCAACUAAUAUAUUUCCAAGAAAAUAUAAACUCAAAACCUUUCUUUCCAAUUACUUCAAUGUUAGUGCAAAAGCGUCAAAAUUUUGUAAACACCUUCUCAAAACCAUCAACCAAGUCCAAUCUGACUAUAAUUUCAUCGAACAAGUCCUCGAAUCGAUCGAUGACAAUUCAUCUUCUCAGCAAUUUGGACACCUAGUGUUAGAACUAAGAUCCUAUAUUAGUCACAACAACCCUUUCUCCGACCUCAAGAAACAAGACUACUUCACGCGAAUCAACUAUGAAUAUUCGUUGAUUUUGCAACAUUUGAGUUCAAAGAGGAAAAAAGUGGCUAGGAAAAUUAAAUUGAUCAAAUGUGUAAAUAAGGCAUCAGGGGUAUUUGUGACAACAGCAUGUGGACUAGUAGCUCUUGCAGCCGUGGUACUAGCAGCACAUACGCUAGCUGCACUAAUAAUGGGACCAGCAAUUUUGACCAUGAUACCCUUAAAGCCGUCGAAAAUUAAUAAAUUCACGAAUCGUCCUGGAUUCUUGAAAUGUGGAUUUCUGACCAAAAUUGGAGCGCAACUUGAUGUUGCAGCAAAGGGUACCUACAUUUUGAACAGGGAUUUCGAUACAAUAAGUAGGCUCGUGGAUCGAUUGCACGAGGAAAUUGAACAUAACAAGGCGAUGAUAAAGUUGUGUUUGGAUAGAAGCGAAGAUAGCAUCUCAUUGCAAGUGUUGAAGGAGAUGAAGAAGAGAAAUGUUGGAUUUAGGAAACAAGGGGAGGAGCUUGAAGAACAUGUUUAUUUGUGUCUUUUAACUAUUAACAGAGCUAGAGCUUUGAUGAUUAAGGAAAUUGAUAAAUCCAGUGGGUGAAAACUCAAUAGUGAUAGCCAAGAUUAGACUUGUAUAUAUAAUAUAUAUAUAUAUAUGUGUGUUUUGAUUUGUAAAUGUUAGUCUCCAUACAUGUACUUAUUGAAUUAAAAUUGAGAUCAUUGUUUUAAUCUAAUG